CUUUGCGAAGGCUACACUCGGCUCUGAAAAACAUUGUGAAAAUUUUCGUGGUCCGAAUAGUACCUCGUCCACCGGGUAGGAAAAAAGCUCUUUAAAUUCACGAGUCCGGAUUAUUGGCAACCAUGGAGCAAUUGAUCCUCUUAUCCAACUGAUUUCGCACAAAGGAAAGCAGAUACGCAUACGGAAAAAAAAAAUCGGAAUUCGCCUUGACAAAAACAAGCAGAUCUACAAGAAGCGGAACAAUACAUGUGAUCCUGAGUAAGCUUCUAAAAACUUGCGAAAAUCGCUAAUUGGAUCAGAGUUAUUUCGAGAAACAUGGAUCCUCGUCCUGUUUUAUGAUCUCGACACAUCAUCAUCAGAUCUUUAAAUUUAAAGAUCGACGCAUCAGAUUUUCUUGCCACCUUACAGUUCUGUUCCAAUCCCACACGACAAAAUUCUUCUGACACAACUCCACAACGAAAACAGGGACCUUUCUGGGUAACAUAGAAGUUCUUUCAUUUGAAAAGCUUUAGCCGGCUUUCUCGAAAAAAACCAGAAAUCAAAAGAUGAAAUUCUCCAACGUGACUUCUUCCCGCCGCAAGUGCCGCAAGGCCCACUUCAACGCCCCGUCCCACAAGCGCCGUGUGAUGAUGUCCGCUCCGCUGUCCAAGGAGCUGCAGCAGAAGUACAAGGUCCGCUCCCUCCCUAUCCGCAAGGAUGACGAGGUGAUCAUCAAGCGUGGCCGCGCCGAGAAGCGUGAGGGCAAGGUGACCGGCGUCUUCCGCAAGAAGUGGAUGAUCCACGUCGAGCGGGUGUCUUACGAAAAAGGAAAAUCUUCUGCUUUUGUUCUUCUUUGUCAUGCUGUUGAUGUCGAGGAUAACUUUUUGUCAUAAUUCGAGAGUCAAGGUGGAUUUUUGCAUACGUUUCACCUUCAGCGUCGGUGUGGUGGUCAUCUCUCAUGCCAAGAAUGGCUUUUUUUGAAGAUUUUUUUAACAGAACCACAUUUCAAAGCGUGAGUUUUAGGUCCAAAGAGGGAUGAAAUAAAGUCUUGGCACGAGAAGAAGGCCGUUGCUUUGUAUGCCGAGAGUAUAUGGGUAUGCGAUACAGACUAGUAUCGAAUUGUCCUCGACAGCACAACAACAAGCCGAUGUCACAAGCAAAAGAUUUUUACCAUGCAUAGUCCCCGUGACAAGGUUAACGGACAGUCCACCAACGUCCCGGUGCAGCCAUCCAAGGUGAUGAUCACCAAGAUCAAGCUAUGAGAGUGCACAAUUCUCCCUCCCCCUCAUUUGUGAUGCGAAAGCCCAAAUCCACAUCUUGUCUGCAAGAACAGCGAGCAUGACAAAUUUUGGAACCACGAACAGCACUACAAUUCGUGUGUAUAUUUGUCGUGCGCAGGCUCCAUUUGAGCUGGUGUCUGUAUUGCUGCUCGUACCAUACAAAUGAGGGGGAGGGGGAGUUGUGCAAUCUCAUACAAGCUCGACAAGGAUCGCAAGGCCCUGUUAGAGCGCAAGUCCCGGUCCGACGAGUAAUUUGGGUAGGUGGUACUGAGAUGAUUUAGAAAAACACGAGCUUCACUUUGUGAUCUCGUGACAACUUUUCUAAAAUUUUUCGGAGAGAAAACUACUUACGAUGUGAGAAUAUUCAUCUGAACAAGUAUAGUCGUAAGCCGACGUGUGCUGUUGCAAGCAUCAUCUUGCAGCAACAUGUGCUUGGUUUUGACUGAAUUCGGAAUUCGAAACAAGAGAGAGAGAGGAAGAAGUAUGGUUUUUGAUAUCACCCUCACGCGUUUUUUUGAAUCACUAGCAUCUAAGUCACAAGUUGAAGUUUUCGAAUUUAGAUCUGGAACGAUGAAAUGACACUUGCUGUCAAGCCGAGAUUCUGAACGCUUUUAUGACAUUCUCUGCCGCACGAAUAAGACCAUUCGGUUUUAGACUUUCUUAGCCGAAGAAUUGCUGAUGAUAGGAGAGAAAAUUGUGACUUGUGAUGCACGUAUUCAAAGCACACAUUGACACCCAAGAUUGAAGACUUUGCUUUUUCCUUUUAUGCCGGCUGUUACCUUCUAAAAAAAAAAAGAAAGAG